CUCCGCACCCCAGGCGGGGUCGCAGAGGGCUGGAUGGAAAGAGGGCGGAGCAGGCUCCUAGCCCACCAGCCAGCCUCGCGGAGAGUCAGCCUCGCUUGGGCUACAGCUUGUUUUAUUUUUGUUGUCUUUUCUCCUUUAACGCACAUAUCUUAAAAGCCUCUUAGAAUUUGCGAUUCCCAGGCAUGGAGGGAGUGCAGCCCCAGGACUUGGUGCAGGACCUUCGCCUGGCCAAGAGGAGACAAACGGAGCUGUGCAGGCAGAAACGGAUCUUUAACGCCAGGAACAGGAUCAUCGGGGGAGACACAAAAGCUUGGGAUGUUCAGGUUCGUGACCAGAAGAUAAAGGAAGCAACUGAAAGAGCCAGACAAGAAACCUUUGCUGCUGAAAUGAGGCAAAAUGACAAAAUAACAUGCAUAUUAGAAGACCGGGAAAAGAGAGACAGGAAAAACCUCUGUAAAGCCAUCAAUGACUUCCAGCAGAGCUUUCAGAAGCCAGAAACUCGCCGUGAAUUUGACCUAUCUGACCCCCUAGCACUUAAGAAAGAUGUUCCAGCUCGCCAGUCAGAUUCUGAUGUUCGGAAUACAGUAUCAGGAAUGCAGAAAUUCAUGGGAGAGGACUUAAACUUCUAUAAGAGGAAAAAAUUCCAACAGGAACAAAACAGAGAAUGGUCCUUGCAACAGCAAAGGGAAUGGAAGAACACCAGUGCUGACCAAAAUUGUGCAGAGGAACUCUACGGGAAGACGAGGCUGCAGUUUGAUGAAAGAGCUAAGCAUUUACAAACUCUGGAAAGUGCUACCAGAAGGGCAGUUUGUGCGUCUGUGAAAGAAUUCAACAAGAGCCAGGCCUCAGAGUCAGCCGAAAGGAAGAUUCAACAGAAGAAGCAAGAACAAGAGGACAACCUGGCGGAGAUCUCCGACCUGCUGCGUGGGGACCUGCUCUCUGAGAACCCGCAGCAGGCAGCCAGCUCCUUCGGGCCCCACCGCGUAGUCCCUGACCGCUGGAAGGGCAUGAGCCAGGGGCAGCUGGAGCAGAUCCGCACGGUUCAGAAGCAGCAAGUCCAGGAGAAGCUGAGGCUUCGGGAAGAAGGGCGCCAGCGAGACUUGGACUGGGACCGGCAGAGGGUUCAGGGGGCACGCGCCACUCUGCUGUUUGAGCGGCAUCAGUGGCGCCAGCAGCGGGACAUGCGCAGAGCCCUGGACGGCAUCAACGUCCGCCUGGCCAGGGAGCAGCUUCAGCGGAAAAAAUACAUGAAGGAACUGUAUACAAAUAAUCCCACUGAAGAUUAUUUCACACAGUUUAAUACAAGAAGUCGAUAAUGAAAAAGACACCCUUUCUUUCCUUCUGAAUGAUUUCUGUAUAAAACUUGGUGACCUUGAAGAGCCACAUUUAUUAAAAGAAAUGCACUCCUUGUUC